AUAACGUUGUGUGAUCCCUGGAGAGUGAUUUCAGUGAAAGUGGCACUAUCCAAGAGUCACUUCUGGGUCACAACGUCGUUGAGUUGCGUGCCCCAAACAGGAAUCGAGUUUCCGAAGUCAUCGAUUUGCAGCACGUUUUCCUGUAGUUACGCAUAAGAGGAAAGAAAAUGAGCACAUUUUCAAGUUUUGACUCGAGGGGGACGGAAACAUUGGGCUCUGGUGCAUGUCCGGUCGUCGUGCGUCCCCACAAGGAUGCCACUUACUUUGAAAUCCAGAAUGACAACUUGGCACGUCUUCUCACCAACAGCGAUGUCGCAGACCUCCCUGUGGUGGUCUUGUCAGUCGCAGGAGGGUUCCGACUCGGAAAGUCCUUCCUUCUUGGCUUCUGUAUCAGGUACCUCGAGCACCUAGGGAUCUCGUCAAACCCGUCAGGUUGGAUGGACGAGGAGAAUAUACCCUUGACGGGCUUUUUUUGGAGGUACGGCAGCGAGAGAGAGACCACUGGUAUUCAGCUGUGGGGAAAAGUAUUCAAGGUGCAGACGCAAGCACACGGACUCGUGGCUGUCAUUCUGAUGGACACGGAAGGUUCAUUCGACAACAGGUCCACGAUGGAAGGAAAUGUCACAAUUUUCUCAAUGAGCAUGCUACUAAGCUCUGUACAAGUGUACAACCUCACCAAACAAAUUACUCAAGCCGAUUUGGAGCACCUUAAGCUAUUUGCCGAGUAUGCUAACAUGGCUAGAAGAGCUGGCGGCCAGAGCAAGGAAGUGUUCCAGAAGCUGCUGUUCCUCAUUCGCGACUGGCAAUAUCACGGAGAGAAGUCGUUUGGACUGGAAGGAGGAGAAGAGCUGCUUCACCCUCUCCUUCAAAGGGACCUCACAUUGCCAAGUGAAGUUUCCGAACUACGUGAAAAUAUCCGAAACAGCUUCAGCGAAGUGAAAUGUUUCCUCUUGCCCAGACCUGGUGACGCGGUAGAGAACGCGGGUUUCGACGGAAGACUUCGUGAUAUAUCUGAAGAUUUCAAGUAUCACUUGGAGAACCUCAUGUCUUACCUUCUCUCACCCGAAAGGCUAGUUCCCAAAAAGAUCAAUGGAAGGAUUGUCACGUGCAAGGAGCUCGUGUGCAUGUUUCAGGCUUAUUUCACCAUCUUCAACCAGAAGGAGCUCCCUCAACCCAUGUCUGUCUUCAAUGCAACUGCAUUCGUCCACAACAAGCGAAUCAUCGACGAAAUCGUAAAAAAAUAUGAAACCGCAAUGGAAGGGAUCGCCUUUACGAAAACUUGUUCCGAAUCUGACACUGAUAUUGAGAUGCAACAUGAGAGAUUGAUGAAACAGUGCUUGUCACAGUACGAUGAGGAACAGAAGAUGGGAAAGCACGACAAGGAACUUCGGGAACAGCUCGUAAAGGAUCUCCAUCACUGCUACGACAUGUGCCAACGUUCUCGUAAAAUAUUGAGGGAGUACAACCGGGAUAUGAAGGACCAGAUUGGGAAAGAACGAGAAGAGGCUCAGCGCGUUUAUGAAGAAAAAAUCAAACAGAUUAUUGAAGAGGAGAGGAGUAAAUACAUGGAAAAGAUUGAAGCUAUGGCCAAAACCCACAGCCUGGAUGUAGAACAGAUGAAAAAUGCUAUGCCACCUGCACCACAGGUUGGGUUCUGGGACGUCGCAUUGGGUGUAGUUAACGCUAUCCCCAUCUUUGGCCCACUUGUAUCCGGCUUAGUACGGCUAUUCAGGAGAUGA